AUGGAUAUCCUCCAGCGGCGCAGGCUCGCUACCCUCGACUUCAACAACCCGGGCGAUCACUUAACGCCGGCAAUGCAAAUACGAAACGAAGCAACACACACAUUACCUGAAGGGGCGAACCCUACCAUCGCCCCCUUCAACACAGGACUCAAUGGAGUCAAUCAACCUAUGAACCUCCUGUUUAGGGACAUCCUCUGGCUUAGUAUGGGGGCGGUCGCCGUCGUGGUACUGGGAGUCAGGAUAAUAGAGCUAUCAUGGGCGAAGCUCAGGUUAUUAUCAGCCAUGUCCAUCCCAGGCGAUAGGCAACACUUUUGGAAGGUCAAGCAAUGGAGCUGGAUGCCGGGUAUGAAAAGGAGUCUCAUCUACGCCCCUUUAUGGAACAAACGCCACAACCGAGAAAUCCGACUCUCGAGCGCCAUGAACAUGGGUACUCUACCAUCGAGGCUCCACAGCGUCCUUCUCGCCCUGUAUCUGGCCAGCAACCUAGCGUACAUGUUCGCCCUCAACUGGGGCAACGAAAACAAGUACUCCUUCUUGGCUGAACUUCGUGGCCGGUCGGGCACUCUUGCUAUGGUGAACAUGGUCCCGCUCAUCAUCCUCGCAGGCCGAAACAAUCCGCUUAUCGGCCUGCUACAAGUCAGCUUCGACACUUACAACCUCCUUCACCGAUGGAUGGGCCGUGUCGUGGUCUUAGAGGUGCUCCUUCACAUGAUCGCAUGGGCCGUCGUCCAGAUAGCCGACAAUGGCUGGGCGGGAGUCAAAGAGAAGACACUCAAUGACCGCUUCAUCGGCUCAGGAAUGUUCGGCACAGCCACCAUGCUCCUCAUUAUGAUCCUGUCUCUGUCUCCUAUCCGUCACGCCUUCUACGAGACCUUCCUCAAUACGCACAUCAUCCUGGCCUUCCUCUCCUUCGGCGCGACAUGGGUCCACUGCGUCACCGCGACCAUUGAGGGCGGACUCCCCAGAUCCCCUGGAUCAUCGCUAUCUUCAGCGUCUGGGUCGCUGAGCGCCUAG